AGAUAAUGCCUGAGGCAGAAGCAAAAGCAGUCGCGACAUCGAUGACGUUCAGCCAAUCGGUAGAUGAUCGGACGAACAGACGAACAGGAUAUUGCCCAGGUGGAACUGGUGUUGUGGGAUGUUGAGUGCCCCUGGGUCUUCAAUCACCAGUGAUUAGAGCUGAGGUGCCACUCAGUUGACGCCACCAACGUCUAAAAGCAGACGUUGCUACAGCGCAUCGAGUUAGGGGGCGAACAUAUUCUAGUGAUAGCGAUAGUAUGGAUCUUCAGGGGCCAGUUGUUGACAUGCCCGGCACAAUAUAAAAGUUGGAUUUCAUAUGUAUCAUUGCCACCAGUGAAGAAAGAUUGUCUCUUCUCUAGAUAGCAGUUGAGAUUCACCUCGUUGCUGCGCCUGAAAUAUCAAUCCACCCAGAAUCAGCAUUAUAUGCCCGUUGCAUAGAAACAACAGAGAGAUAUGGCAACAAUAACGCAGGCCAACACCCAGUUGAACAACACUCAACACCAACAACACUCAACACGCCCAGAAUCAUGGGAAGACCAACGUUCGUACCGGAUCUGCCAAAUCAUGGACUACAACUGGAUCAUCAUCCCCUCCCUCCUCGCAAUCCUCUACCCAAUCGCCUACCGCCUCUUCUCGAACCCAAACACCAUAUUCUACGUCCCCAUCGACGACACGACAACCUGGACACCCAGCGCCCUCAUCUGGCUCGCAAUGGUCCUCCCCGCCAAACCAUUCCACCACUUCUCCAUGCUCGCCACCUGCUGGCCCUGCCGCCCCUUCCGCCUCACCAACAAGCCCGCCGUACGGCCGUUCAACAGACUCCUCAUAUGUCUCGUGACGCGCGGCGAGCAAGAGGACGUCGUCCGCCGCUCCAUCCUCCCCGUCCAAGACAUCGUCGCGCACAUAGACCCUAAGAUCUCCCUGCACAUCCUCACCGAAGAAGUCAACGCGCACAAAUUCCGCAACGCGGCCGUCUACGCCCCACACGUCCAGGUCCACGGCGUGCCCAAAUCCUACACUCCGCGCUUCGCAAAGCACAAGGCCCGCAGUCUGGAGUGGUUCCGCGUCAACAUGUGUCUACGCGACGAUGAUUGGGUCCUCCAUAUCGACGAGGAAACCCUUAUUGACGCCUACCUGCUCCGCACCUGCAUCACAUAUAUCACGCGUCAAACGCACUGCGAAAUCGGCACCGGUGUCAUCCAUUAUAACAGCAACGGCUACUUCUCCAGCAUCAUCCCGCAGAUUGGCGAUCUCUCACGUGUUCAAGACGACUGGGGUCGCGGGCAGUUCCUCGCGAAUGUGCCUCAUCGAGCGACGCUGGGGAUUCACGGAGCGUUCUUCUUAGCGAGCGGGAAGGUGGAGAACGCAGUGUCGUGGGAGACAGCGCAUCUUACAGAGGACUACUGGUUCUUGCUCGGUGCAAUGAAAAAGGGGUUCAGGAUCGGUUGGGUGCCAGCGAUUGCGAGAGAAGUCUCGCCUAGGUCGAUUGGAGACUAUGUGAAGCAGCGGCGGCGGUGGUACACUGGUGUCAGAACGCUGGGGCAAUGGGAAGGGCGAUGGGUUCUGUUUGCUUGGUUCUGGGGCUUUGUUGAGUUGUUCUACAACAUUUGGACGCUCGCCUCAGGAACAAGUGAGCGGGCGGUGCCGCGAUGGUUGUUUUCGGUCAUCGUAUUUGAAUGGACGUGUUUUCGGCUAUUUUCGUUCUUGACGGUGCUAGUACAGGAUUGGGAUGCUGGAGUGCCAUUUUGGAGGAUGGUGUAUUCGCAAGCAUUGGCGCAGCUCUUGAGGCCGUACGUGGAUCUGCUGGAUAGUUAUGCUGCAGUCGUGUCGGUGCUCAAACCUGACCAGACGUUUCAGAUCAUAAACAAGUCGUGAAUAGAACUCGCAGUUCGUCUGUUCAAGAGAUUUGUG